ACGCCCAAGUCAAGUGAUGCCACGAGUAAUGUUCUCCAGUUGGUCUGUCCACCUCCAACGGUCCUCUCGGUUGACGUCGUAUCUUCAGAUCAGGAGGAUGCGUACGAUUUGCUGCAUUUGGCAGGCUCCAUAAGUCUUACGCUGACGACUAGAACUGGCCUCGUGCAGGCGGCGCGCCAACUGCGCUCUUCGUUGUCCCGACUCAACUCGGCUCUCGGCCAGCGCUCAGCUCGCCUGGCCAGAGCAUACGCCUGGCAUGCUCACCUCUGCGCCCUGGCCGAGCUGACCAGCUGGCUGGGGGAUACAGAGACGCGCAGCCUACUCGGUCGGGACACGGUUUCAACACGGGCAAGUCGCGACUCUGUCAGCACUCGGAUCACCCUGCGCCGGCAGCACGGCAUCGAGAGCAUCAUCAUGGGUCCCCAGACGACAGCUUUGGUGGCCCUUCGUGCGUGGAGAAAAGCUACACAUAACGCUUUUACAGUCAACCAUACUCACUGCAUUGAUGCCUGCUUGAGAUCAGCUUGCCGACACUUCAUGAGCCUUGCUCAUCCGUGUUUUAGCGCUUUGAUCUGUGGAAUUGUUUGCUCCGGGACAUCUGUGUCCUGUCUAUUUGUAUUGCUUAUUUGUGAUAUUUUUACAAAUUUUAAGUAG